AUGUGCCAAUACCGUCUUUUCCCUGCCCGACAAAAUAUCACCUGGAGGCAUUCUCCAAACACUGACAAUGUCAUCACCCGACAGAGAGACUGCAGAGACGCCCUCAUCACACGCUCCUUCCCCGUAUAUCCAACGACUGCUGGACGGACCAUCGAUUGCUUAGUGUCCAAAAUCGACAUCCGAACACGCAGACAUCUACGCGGAAAACACCCGGUGACAAGGAAAUUUGACACGCAAAACUUGACUGAUCCAAACGUGGCCAGGAAUACGCAUCGACAAUUGAGCGUCAUACGAACCUCUGCGCAACAAAUCACUGAAGAGUGGAUAUCCCUCCGGCAGAACACGAAACAUGACGGUACCUGCCCAUCGGGUUGCGCCUUGGGAUGGACUGGAAGACUGUGUAAAACCAAAGAUGAAUGUAGACACGGAUAUUAUGGCCCGAACUGCAAUUUUGAAUGUGGACAUUGUCUAAACAAUGAACAAUGCAGGAAACAUGACGGUACCUGCCCAUCGGGUUGCGCCUUGGGAUGGACUGGAAGACUGUGUAAAACCAAAGAUGAAUGUCGACACGGAUUUUAUGGCCGGGACUGUACAUUGGAAUGUGGACAUUGCAGGAAUAACAAACAAUGCAGAAAAUAUGACGGUACCUGUCCAUCGGGUUGCGCUGACGGAUGGUCUGGGAAACUGUGUAAAACUAAUUUAUGCCCAGAUCAUGGACAAGACAUGUUAUAUUCAAUCAAUAACUUUUGCUAUUAUGUCUUUAAUAAUGGAUCUAAUUACAACACUGCUAACAACGCAUGUUGCCAACUUGAAGGGCAUCUACUUUGGUUGCAAUCUAGUGACGAUUAUGAAUUUGCAGUGAACAAAAUUGAUCGUAAAUUAAUGCCAGUUUGGAUUGGAGCAGUACGAAAUCGCUUCCAUCGUUACGCAUGGACAUAUUGUGGCGAACCACAAAUUCUCGUAAAUAGUAGGUAUUGGGCUGAGGCACACCCCCAAAUACAGAACACACAUGCUAUGUUUUAUGGGGAAAAGGCAGUCAGUACCUGUGCGGUAGAUAUCCACCUACCAUAUGUCUGUCAAGGUAUGUAUUCUCAUCUUUUUUUUAUUGUCUUUAAAUAA